UCCACUCCAUUUCCUCCAAUCUCACGUCUCCUCGGAAAUCACAAAUCUAGGAGGACUAUUUAUAUUUAAAUCAAACAUCUUCUUCAUCGCCCUUCCAUCCACCCCCCCGCGUUCUUCUCCUCAUCCCACUGCCGUCUCUCUCUAUCUCCCUCCUUCCCUCCCUGCCUCCGUCCCAUACGCUCACACUCCUUUGUCAACCCCUUUUACUUCUCCAGAUCUUUACAGUCCCAGAAAUUAACUAGAUCUCAUACGAAACCAAAACAAAACUCCACCCAUCAUUCCCGUUUCCUCACUCAAUUGUACUUGGGUCUCCUUUUUAUUACUUGUACUUUCUGCAGAUCUUCCAGCAAAAAGCGGUUUGUAAAUCAGUCAAUCAAUCAACAAUGUCCACAUUCCACAUUUUCACCCUCGCUCUUCUCGUACUGCUCUUCAACUCCCCACUCUCUUUCUCUGUAGAUCCGCCGCAAACUUCACCCAGCCCGUCGCCAGACCACGGUGCUGACGUCCCAAGUCUGGAGCCCAAGAAAUCACCGUCGCCGUCUGUGAACUCCCCUCCUGCCCCACCGCCAGAUUUGGCUCCGGAGUCUUCCCCUUCGCCUGCUCCCACUCCGGCUAAUUCUACUGAGCCCUUGAAGAAGUCUCCUGCACCGUCGCCGUCUGAGGCCGGCGAUGUUAGUCACGCCGACUCGAGUGAUAUAGAGGCGGAAGGCGAGUCGUCGGAAGGAAUGAGUCGGGGCAAGAAGGCCGGGAUUGCCAUCGGAGUAGCCGCCGGAGUUUGCAUCGUCGGGAUCGGAGCAUUGGUUUACAAGAAGCGCCAGCAGAAUAUCCAGCGGGCGCAGUUUGGGUACGCCGCCCGGCGGGAACUUCUGUAGGACUCAAGUACUACUAGUAAUAAAAAAAAAAUUACAUAUAUAGAUACAGAUUCUAUAUCUAUAUAGAGAUACAGUCUAGACUACUAAUACUUAAUGGCUGGUAGAUUUUGUGGCAUUUAAGUUGAGAGAGAUUUAUUUUGAUUGGGAGGCCACAUGAUUUGUUUGAUUCUUUACUUUGCUCGUAAUAAAAACUUUCUUGUGCUAGAAAUUGAUUUUUUUU